AUGGAGAUCGAGGACAAAGCAGAUCGCAGAAGAGCUCGCUUUUGGGGAUUGACGGAUCAAGAACUACCUGCAGUUCUAAUAUCAAUGCUUUCGAUCUCGUCUCACCAAGACUGUAACAUGGAGGAGGUGGUGGUAGCUCCCGGUAUUGCAACAGUAUUGGUUGCUCUUGAACACCAUGCAUGCGUUGUUGCAGCCACCAGGUGCUCUCAACUCAUUUGGGCAUUGACCAUUGAUGUCGGCGAUUCAGUGGAUUCCCUGGCUGCACCCGUCGAAGUCCCUUGUUUGACACCGACCAUGACCGGACCUGUUGAAGCUGCAACAUGUUCAAGCCCAAAUAAAAGUAGCUGUAGUGCCUGCAGCAACAUUGAUUCUCCAAGUUUGGCCACUGCAAAGCUAUCUGCUUCCAUGGGGUACGGCAGCAACCCAGGCUGUGAACGGACAAUUGUUACGAAUAUCGAAUGUGGCUACAUUGGUGCAAUGGAAUAA